UUGGCGGGGCCCCUCCUCCCGCCCGCUCCCCGCGCUCUCGCCUUUUAAUCAUGCCCCUCUGUCUGUGUGUGAGUGCAGGCAGGCUGACAAUGAUUUCCUCAGUGAUUACGUACAGAGCGAGUCCCUGCGGGUUAGGGGCCCCCUCUGGAGCCAUCCUGAUGGCUUUGGGGGCCUUGCUUCCAUUUUCCAUUAUUAUGUGGACUACCGGAGCGACAGCGCAGUCCAAGACCUUGCAGACCCCAACUGUAAACUUGAAGACAAAACUGAAGAUGGAGAGGCAAUAGACUGUAAGAAGAGGCUGGAAGAUGGAGAGGAGCUGGAAGACGAAGCUGUGCACAGCUGCGAGAGCUGCCUCCAGGUGUUCGAAUCACUGAGCGAUAUCACAGAACACAAGAUCAAUCAGUGUCAGUUGACAGAUGGAGUGGAUGUUGAAGAUGAUCCCACUUGCUCAUGGCCAGCUUCCUCACCUUCCAGCAAGGACCAGACUUCCCCAAGCCAUGGAGAAGGCUGCGAUUUUGGGGAGGAAGAAGGUGGCCCUGGACUCCCAUAUCCAUGCCAGUUUUGUGACAAGUCGUUUAGCCGCCUCAGCUACCUAAAGCACCAUGAGCAGAGUCACAGCGACAAACUGCCUUUCAAAUGCACCUAUUGCAGUCGGCUGUUCAAACACAAGCGGAGCCGCGAUCGCCAUAUCAAACUGCACACCGGGGACAAGAAGUACCAUUGCAGUGAAUGUGACGCUGCGUUCUCCAGAAGUGACCACCUGAAGAUCCACUUAAAGACUCACACGUCCAACAAGCCAUAUAAAUGUGCCAUUUGUCGCCGCGGGUUCCUGUCCUCCAGCUCCUUACACGGACACAUGCAGGUUCACGAGAGGAACAAGGACGGCUCCCAGUCCAGUUCCAGGAUGGAGGACUGGAAGAUGAAGGACACUCAGAAGUGCAGUCAGUGCGAGGAAGGCUUCGACUUCCCGGAAGACCUCCAGAAGCACAUUGCAGAGUGUCACCCUGAAUGCUCCCCAAAUGAGGACCGAGCGGCCCUCCAGUGCAUCUACUGCCAUGAGCUCUUUGUAGAGGAGACCUCCCUCAUGAACCACAUGGAGCAGUUGCACGGCGGAGAGAAGAAGAACUCUUGUAGCAUUUGUUCGGAGAGUUUCCACACGGUUGAGGAUCUGUACAGCCACAUGGAUAGUCACCAGCAGCCAGAGUCGUGCAAUCACAGCAACAGCCCUUCCCUCGUCACGGUGGGCUACACCUCCGUGUCCAGCACGACCCCAGAUUCCAACCUCUCAGUGGACAGCUCAACCAUGGUGGAAGCUGCCCCGCCAAUCCCAAAGAGUCGAGGGAGGAAGCGGGCUGCUCAGCAAACCCCUGACAUGACCGUUCCCUCGAGUAAACAAGCGAAAGUUACCUACAGCUGUAUUUACUGCAACAAGCAGUUAUUUUCGAGUCUGGCAGUUCUGCAGAUUCACCUGAAAACUAUGCAUUUAGAUAAGCCAGAACAGGCCCACAUUUGUCAGUAUUGCUUGGAAGUAUUGCCCUCGCUCUAUAACCUAAAUGAACACCUUAAGCAAGUGCAUGAAGCUCAGGACCCAGGUCUGCUCGUUUCUGCCAUGCCUGCCAUAGUCUACCAGUGCAACUUCUGCUCUGAAGUUGUCAAUGACCUCAACACUCUUCAGGAACACAUCCGAUGUUCUCAUGGAUUUGCGAAUCCUGCAGCUAAGGAUAGCAAUGCAUUCUUUUGUCCCCAUUGCUACAUGGGGUUUCUUACUGACUCUUCCCUUGAAGAGCAUAUAAGACAGGUCCACUGUGACCUCAGUGGCUCCCGAUUUGGGUCUCCAGUGCUUGGGACUCCAAAAGAACCAGUAGUAGAAGUCUAUUCUUGUUCCUAUUGUACAAAUUCACCAAUCUUCAACAGCGUUCUUAAGCUGAACAAGCACAUCAAAGAGAAUCAUAAAAACAUUCCCUUGGCCCUGAAUUAUAUUCACAAUGGGAAAAAAUCUAGGGCCUUGAGCCCACUCUCUCCCAUGGCCAUAGAGCAGACAUCUCUUAAGAUGAUGCAGGCAGUGGGUGGUGCACCUGCACGUCCGGCUGGAGAAUAUAUCUGUAAUCAGUGUGGUGCUAAGUACACGUCCUUGGACAGCUUUCAGACUCACCUAAAAACUCAUCUUGACACUGUGCUUCCAAAAUUGACCUGUCCUCAGUGCAACAAGGAAUUCCCCAACCAAGAAUCCUUGCUGAAGCACGUCACCAUUCAUUUUAUGAUCACCUCCACAUAUUACAUCUGCGAGAGUUGCGAUAAGCAGUUCACAUCAGUGGACGACCUUCAGAAACACCUGUUGGAUAUGCACACAUUUGUCUUCUUCCGCUGCACCCUGUGCCAGGAAGUUUUUGACUCCAAAGUCUCCAUUCAGCUCCACUUGGCUGUGAAGCACAGUAAUGAAAAGAAAGUCUACAGGUGCACAUCUUGCAACUGGGACUUCCGCAAUGAGACUGACCUGCAGCUCCAUGUGAAACACAACCACCUGGAAAAUCAAGGGAAAGUGCACAAGUGCAUUUUCUGUGGAGAGUCUUUCGGCACCGAGGUGGAGCUGCAGUGCCACAUCACCACUCACAGCAAGAAGUACAACUGCAAGUUCUGCAGCAAAGCCUUUCACGCCAUCAUCUUGCUGGAGAAACACUUGCGGGAGAAGCACUGUGUGUUCGAAACCAAGACUCCUAACUGUGGAGCCAACGGAGCCUCUGAGCAAGUGCAGAAGGAGGAGGUGGAGCUGCAGACCUUGCUGACCAACAGCCAGGAGUCCCACAACAGUCACGAUGGGAGCGAAGAAGAUGUGGACACCUCGGAGCCUAUGUAUGGGUGUGACAUUUGUGGGGCAGCCUACACGAUGGAAACGCUGCUGCAGAACCACCAGCUGCGAGACCACAACAUCAGACCCGGAGAGAGCGCUAUCGUGAAGAAGAAAGCUGAGCUCAUCAAAGGGAAUUACAAGUGUAAUGUGUGCUCUCGAACCUUCUUCUCUGAAAAUGGUCUCCGUGAACAUAUGCAGACCCACCUAGGCCCUGUCAAACACUACAUGUGCCCUAUUUGUGGGGAGCGGUUUCCUUCUCUCUUAACUCUUACUGAACACAAAGUCACACAUAGUAAGAGUCUCGAUACUGGAAACUGCCGGAUUUGCAAGAUGCCUCUGCAGAGUGAAGAGGAGUUUUUAGAGCAUUGCCAAAUGCACCCUGACUUGAGGAACUCCCUGACAGGAUUUCGCUGUGUGGUCUGCAUGCAGACAGUGACCUCCACCUUAGAACUCAAAAUCCACGGCACAUUCCACAUGCAGAAGACAGGGAACGGGUCUGCAGUCCAGACCACAGGGCGUGGCCAGCACAUUCAGAAACUGUACAAGUGUGCAUCUUGCCUCAAAGAAUUUCGUUCCAAGCAAGACCUGGUGAAACUUGACAUCAAUGGCCUGCCCUAUGGUCUGUGUGCUGGCUGCGUCAAUCUCAGUAAGAGCAGCAGCCCAGGAGUCAACAUGCUUCCCGGCACAAACAGGCCAGGCUUGGGCCAGAACGAAAAUCUGAGUGCCAUUGAGGGUAAAGGCAAGGCAGGGGGACCGAAGACUCGCUGUUCUAGCUGCAAUGUUAAGUUUGAGUCUGAAAGCGAACUCCAGAACCACAUUCAAACGGUCCACCGAGAGCUCGUGCCAGAUAGCAACAGCGCGCAGUUAAAAACUCCGCAAGUAUCGCCAAUGCCCAGAAUCAGCCCGUCCCAGUCGGAUGAGAAGAAGACCUAUCAGUGCAUCAAGUGUCAGAUGGUUUUCUACAAUGAAUGGGAUAUUCAGGUUCAUGUUGCAAAUCACAUGAUUGUACUCGAAGGUAAAUAUACCUGUACUUCCACCAGUGCCAGAAGUCCCAGAUGGGAGGGCAUUAAUAAUGAAGGAUUGAACCACGAAUGCAAACUCUGCAGCCAGACCUUUGACUCCCCUGCCAAACUCCAGUGCCACCUGAUCGAGCACAGCUUUGAAGGGAUGGGAGGCACCUUCAAGUGUCCCGUCUGCUUUACAGUGUUCGUUCAGGCAAACAAGUUGCAGCAGCACAUCUUCUCUGCCCACGGACAAGAAGACAAGAUCUACGACUGCACGCAAUGUCCACAGAAGUUUUUCUUCCAAACAGAGCUGCAGAAUCAUACGAUGACCCAACACAGCAGUUAGUGACGUACAGUCUCUCAAGGAGAAUUACUUUUGUGGCACAAAAAGGGAACAUGUUUUACUCUUUGCACGAAACUCUCAUUGUUAAUGUAUAUUAUUCAGAAACAUUGUAUUGUACCAUAAAACUUGUAUUAUCAAAA